UGGAGGCGGCGGCCAUCUUGGCUGUGGAGCGAUGAACGGGUCGAACCCCAAGGCUGUGGCCGCGGGGUCGGCUGCUGGGCCCGGGGGGCUGGUGGCUGGCAAAGAGGAGAAGAAGAAAGCGGGCGGUGGCGUCCUGAACCGACUCAAGGCGCGGCGGCAGGCGCCCCACCACGCGGCCGACGACGGCAUCGCGGCAGGGGUCACGGAGCAGGAGCUGCUGGCCCUGGACACCAUCCGCCCUGAGCACGUCUUGCGCCUCAGCCGGGUCACUGAGAAUUACUUGUGUAAACCUGAAGACAACAUCUAUAGUAUUGAUUUCACCCGCUUCAAAAUUCGAGAUUUGGAGACGGGGACAGUGCUUUUUGAAAUUGCCAAACCUUGUGUUUCAGGUGGUCAGAGGGUUGGGUCUGGAAUGGCCUGGAGUAGACAUCAGUCCAAGGAAGUGCAGUACCUCAAGGCUGUAGACCAGGAGGAAGAUGAGGAGGAAGAAGGGGGAGAUGUGGAUAUCAGUGCAGGACGCUUUGUGCGAUAUCAGUUCACACCAGCAUUUCUCCGCCUCAGGACAGUCGGCGCCACGGUGGAGUUCACAGUGGGAGACAAACCUGUGUCAAACUUCCGGAUGAUCGAACGGCACUAUUUCCGGGAGCGCUUACUGAAAAACUUUGACUUUGAUUUCGGCUUCUGCAUUCCCAGCAGUAGGAACACUUGUGAACAUAUCUAUGAAUUUCCCCAGCUUUCUGAGGACGUCAUUCGUCUGAUGAUCGAAAACCCUUAUGAGACCCGCUCCGACAGCUUCUACUUUGUGGACAACAAGCUGAUAAUGCACAACAAGGCUGAUUAUGCCUAUAAUGGAGGCCAGUAAUUGCCGAGGAAGUGAACAGGGGAGGCGCUUUGCUGCAGCCAUGUAGUCUGGCACACAGAGAGGAUUGAAGCUGUUGUUUGUCAACACAGCUGGAACCUGGCCCGGGAAGCCAAGGUUGGGGCGGCAGUUUCCUGUGCUCCAGGGAAGUGCCAAGCAGUGCUGUUUUCUUCCCUAAUAUUUUUUUCUUCCCUUUUCCCCCUGCCCCUUAGGUCACAGAGGUAUUAUGGUAAAGUAAGAUUAGAAUAGGGCUCUUGGAAUCCAGGUAAAAAAAGUUUAUUUUCGUGUAAUUCUAGCUGUCCGCCGCUUGUCCUGACAGCCUCAGGCUCUCCACACACAUCUGCCUGGGUGAGAAGGCUCUGGCUGCAGCCCGUCUCGAGGUUCCUGGGUGCUGUGGGAAGCUAAAAGGCAGGCUUCCUCUGGGCACCCCCUCCUGUUAACUUCAGAGUUGCCAGCAACACAGUCUGCCCUCAGCACGUGGUCUUGAAUCGCCUGGAAGAAACCUGAAAGGCAGUGGAGGGGCGAGGCGGGGUGUGAAGCGCGGAGGCGCUGGGGAUAGGAGUUGCCACCAAACUGAAGGAUCCCUUCUCUGGAGAGGCCUGCUGAGCUGACUCCAGGAUUUUCAGCCAGUCCUGGGGACAGACCAGGGUUUCGGCCUGGCAGUGCCUUCUCAUUCUGGGGGUAGACAAGCUUGCUCUGCUUCUCCUGGCUCCUCACUCUUGCGCACCUCCUGGAGUAGAACGUGUUGGUUUUGCUCAUGGAGCAUAGUAUCUUGAGGUCACAGCAGACCUCCUUGUACUUUGAUUUUAUUUUCACACUUCUUUGGGGAAGUUUUUUACAAAAUGUCAGUGGUAUUCCCAGCACAUGUGAUGUGUGGUCAGACUUCCGAUAGUAUUGAGCAGCCUCCCGGGGCUAAUCUGGCUCAUGUAGCGGGAGGUAGAGUUACAAACCAGCAGCUACUUUAAAGAGAGAUUUGGUUUUCUCAACGCAACACAGCCUGGAAGGUUUGCUUUGGAUGGGGAUUUGCCUCUGAAACUCUGUGGAUUUCUUAGUUAGGGUUUUCUCAGCUGCCUUUCUAAUGAAGUUGUUUCUGGGACCAUCUGGUAGGUUACACUUAGGUAAUAAAUAUUCUGAUCCUUCAAGCUGCUAGUUGGAUUUGUUUUGGAUGUUUGGAAAGGUAGCCUGUCAAAGUCAUCUGUUCUCAAAAUAGCUUGCUUGCACUUCCUGUGGGCUGCUUGUGUCCUCAGACCCUCAUUGGACAGACCCCCACCUCCUUAGCUCCUUAUGGUUGUCUCUGUGGGUGACUUUAGGUGCUCAACUCAGACUUGGUGACCCUCUGUUGUGGGUAGGGUCCAUUUAGCAUUGAUCGAAGGUGUCACUAGCAAGGGACCAGGUGUGAUAAGUCACUGUGAGACAUCACAGUGAGUGCCUGUGAUAGGAACUGUGUCCCAUGAUGAUUGGGGAAAAAACCCCACGCGGGACCAGGAAAAGAAGGGCCAGCACUCUGCCUCACAAGCUCCUGUGCAUUCUCUGGCCAGUGCUGCUCCCCUGGGGCUUCUAGAGCAUGAGAGGCCUUGGCCCUUGGCCCAGUGCUUUGUGCCUGGCUGAGGAAUCAGUGACAACCCAUGCUGGCAGCUUUCUCACUGAGAAAGCCCUCCAUGACCCUCUGUGCUGGCCCUGGAUUCACCCACUGAGGGAGGGAAGAGAUCCUACACCCUGCAGCAUGGGUGUCUCAUCACCAACUGGUGAAGCUCAGAACUGGAGUCAGUCCCAUAUCCAGGUGCCUUACGUGUGGCUCUGUCCCAUAUGCUGCUGGGGAAAGCUACAUCGCCACCAUUCCCUCCUCGCCUGCGGACAGACAUCAGCACUGUCUUCUUAACCUCCUCUUUCUUAUUGUGGUUCCUCUAAUGGGAUUUGUGUGUUCUGGCAAGCGGCAGAACACUCCCCUCUCUCUGUGACAGAAGCCCAAUUGGGAGAGCUUCUGCCACCCGAUAUUUAAAUGUUGACCAGGAUGUGCUUUCUGGAGCUGCCCAGCACUCUGCUGCAUAGAGUGUGUCUUGAAACUGUGCCCCAGACACUCGCAUGUGCACUAAUGGACUGUCUCUUACCUGCCAUGUUAGCUUUGCUAGGAGGAGCACCUGGAGGAUGGAGGUGGGCACCCUGGCCUGAGUAGUGCUGUAUCUCCUUCCCUUUUAGCUUGCCUUAGUCUCACUGGAGACCAUUCUGAGACCAAGUGCUCAGCUGUGCCCAGCAGGACAGGAAUUUGCCAUCUUCUCCUGAAGAUCCAGAGUUCUGUCUGGGCUCUCUGGAGUCCUGUGUCUGGCUGCUCAGGAAAUGUCAAGAAGCAGGACCACUCUGGGUGUUGACUGGGAGGAACUAAAAAUUUAAACUUUUACAUCUGAAUCCAGGAGGGAAUGGGAAAUCAAACUUUCUCUGAGAUUAGGUGAACCAAUCCGAAGUAGAGCCAGGAGCCUGUGCUCAGGACUCUGGACUGUUGAUAGCAGUUGUCUUGUAAGUGAUAUAGGAAGAGGGAAACAAAAUAAGCUCCAUGCAGGGGGAGACCGUGCCCUCUGUAGAGAGCUGGCAUCCGGUGCAGCUCCUGGAGAGAGCGCAUUCCAGCAGCCACGCAGCCCACUUGGGGCAAGGCCUCUGCCUCAUCCCUCUGUCAGAAUCCCUGGAGAGGGCCUCUCCUUUCCUGUAUAGCCUGCAGGCUAAGUUGCCCUCCUGGGCAGAUCCUCUGGAAGAUUCUGGUUUCGUUCUGUGUUCUAAAGUAUAUAACUGGAAGUAGUUUGGGGCUGAAGUAGGCUGUCAUCUCUCUUGUUAGCUUAAAACUGUCUUAUGGAAGAAACAUUCUUUAGGGGCAUGGACUUCCUGAAGAUGCCCGAGGCUUUGGGCAUCUUUCUAAUACCUGGAGAGAGUGGUUUACAGAUGUCUGGCGAUGACCAUAGAAAUGUCAGUGAUUGGGCAAUCUUCGACUUAAUCUUUCAGUGGAAGUAGAACCCAUUUCUGGAUUGGAUUUAAUAGGUUGUGUCUAAGGUGCAAACUAAGUGAGUUUGCACUCACUCAUGCGUCCUGCCUUAAGUGUGUCCUGCCAACAUGGUAGGCUCCCAGGGUAUAUUUUUCCUCUGUAAAAUCACUUUCUUCUGGUGACUAAGUCACCAUGAUAUCAGUGAUGUUUGGGAAUGGGAACAGUGUGUCUUAAAAAUGACAGCACAGAGUCCUUGCCAGUGCACAGGAUUCCUGUUGCAGAAGGUGCUGCCAUACCUAGCGGAGGAGCCUAAUCGUGGAACCAUCUUAAUACAUUCCAUGUCACAGAACAUAUUAGCCACAAGAAGGAUCUGGUGGAGAUGAAUUUACCCCUUUAUUUACAAAGUAUCAUGUAAAGUCAUUGAAAUUGUAAAAGUCUAUUUUUUUUCCCUGUAAAUCUAUUUUUCACAGAAUAUAAGAAACAUCAAUGACCUGAUCAGUCCUUCCUCCUCUUCCUCACUUCACCCAAGAUCCUCAUUCCAGUUUGUAUUGUCUUUGUGUCCAAAGUAAACUAGGUGACUUAUUUGUAUAAAAUGUUAUUUUGCCACAAGAGACAGUAAUUAAAGAAAGAUUUUCACAGUA